CAAACGAAAUGGAAUCAAAUUUCAAAUCAAAAAAGGAUGAGUGAGUCAAAUCAAAGUCAAAACAAUAAUAAUAUUCGUCAGUUUGUAGAUGAGACGGGAUCUUUUAAAAUCAAUGUUCCAUUUCCACCUUCAAUCGACAUUAAAGAAUUGAUUUUUUCUAAACCUAAUAGAAAUAAAACACCAAGAUCACCUAAUGCAUUUAUCAUUUAUAGAAAAGUAUUUUCAGAAUCAGCUCGAAAUGAAGGGUAUUAUUUGCCAAUGACAAUUGUAUCAUCACUUGCGUCUCAAUCCUGGGAACGUGAGCCAGAAGAAAUUCAUUCUUAUUACAAACGACUUGCAAAAGAGGCAUUUAAGUAUAAAAAUGAAAGAUAUCCAAAAGUUGUUAAGCGCAGAAAACAAAAAUCAGGAUGUAAUGUCAUUACAUUCCACAUUCCUACUAAUUUUGAGACAGCAAAGAAAACAAACCAAAGCUUACCAAUUCAACAAGAAUUUGAAGACACAAUUGACUUUGGAACAUUUACUACGCCGGAAUUGUCAUCGAAUACGUCUACAUCUUCGUCAUCGCCAAUAUUUGAACAACUUUUUCAAGUUGAAGGAGUCUAUCCUAAUACAAAUAUUUCAAUUCAUAAUCAUAGUAAUACACCGUUUAAUUUUACGCCGCUUAACUUGAAUGAACAAACCGAUUUCAAUUUCAAUAACGGGAUCAAUUUCAAUUCCAACAACGAUUUCAAUUUCAAUUUUAACAAUGAUUUCAAAUUCAAUGACAACUUCAAUUUUAAUAACAAUUUCGAUUUCAAUAACGAUUUCAAUUUCAAUAACGAUAUCAAUUUCAAUAACGAUAUCAAUAACGAUAUCAAUAACAAUUUCAAUAACGAUAUCAAUAACGAUAUCAAUAACGAUAUCAAUAACGAUAUCAAUAACAAUAUCAAUAACGAUAUCAAUAACAAUAUCAAUAACAAUAUCAAUAACGAUAUCAAUAACGAAUUUAUUACAACUAGCCAAUUUUAUAGAAAUUUCUUACCUUUACGAGAUACACAACUCGUACCAGUCGAACAAAACAACCCAAAUAACAAAAAUAACCAAAGUAAACAAAAUAACCAAAGUAAUCAAAGUAGUCAAGGUAGUCCUGGUGAAAUAUAUCAACCAAUUAAUCAAAGUUAUCUUGACGAUUUGCAACAAUCACAGGAAUUUAACAACAUAUUUUCUCAGGACAUUACGGACAUUUCAUUAAAUAGUGAAACUCUUAGACCUAAUGAUGCAUUUAACACAUUUGGUAUCAUUACUCAAAAUGCUAAUAUUAGCAUGAACGAGUUUACAUUUUCAAAUUUUACUGACAUGACAAAUUAUAAUUAA